GCCUACCACUGGGAAAGCCGUUAUCGAAAGGUCGCUGCGGCGCGUAAUUGUGAGGGCGCGUUGGAUACCCAGUUGGGGAAUUGAUCGACGCCUAGAGCUCACCGAAGGAUUCAGGCCGCGUCCGCUCGCAAGUCGCGCAUAAUGCAUGGGCAACUCAGCCAUCUUCUCGAAGACUCUUAUGCCUAUUCCGGAAGGCUUCGCGCUUUCCGUUCUGUUUUGUCGUAAUGCCAUAUCGCGGGAAGCCGUCAAAAGGAUGCGACGAGUGUCGGAAGAGACGGAAGAAAUGCGACAUUCGACCAGGCGGCUGCGGUCGAUGUGCAAACGCCCAUCGUCGGUGUCCUGGCUAUCCCCAGGCGGAUGGCCUCAGGAUCUGUGAUCAGAGCGUUGAGGUUGCUACAAGAGUGCGUGGUACGCGGCCGAAAGACAGGGUGAUUACCAAGGUCUCUAUACCACUGUCGUCGCCGCUCGACUCGGACAACACCUUACCAGAGGAUAGCUCACCGCUAGCGGUGUCUGCGUUUGUGUCUCCCCCCUCGAUGGAUAGCGAUGAUAUAUGUUUCGCGUUCUUCUUCAACAAUUGCGUGAUCAAUAACAACAUGUAUCAUUCUUUCGUUCACAGGUCUGGCAAUGAUCAUGUUAUCGCUAGCAUCAAGGCUUUCGGCAUUGCCAACCUGUCGAAGCGUUACUCCGACAAGCGCCUGUUGACAUCCGCACAACAUCAUUACACGAUUGCCUUGAGGCUCACCAACAUCGCCCUUCGAGAUCCAUCCCAGGUCAAACGAGAUGAGACUCUACUCGCAAUUCUCGUCCUGACCAACUACGAAACUCUUACCGGCGGUGUCACACGGUCUCUUGAUGCAUGGGAGCAGCAUAUCAAUGGUUCGGCUUCCUUGCUUAGUCUUCGUGGUCUCGAGGGAGUCCAAGGCAAAGCUGGUCGAGUGCUCACUCUGCAUGUCAUCACUGGGAUCAACGUGAUCUGUCUACUGCGAUGUCUGGCAACUCCACCAUUUGUACAUCUUCUUCAGACCAAGAUCUUUGAGUACUUGUUCGAGCCAGAGAAUCCUGCAGUUCGAUUCCAGCAUCUUAGUCUUGAUUGCGCAGAUUUCCGAUAUGCUGUCUCCAGUCGUCUUGUCACAUCGCCAGAAGACAUUAUAUCUCGUGCUGCUGAGCUGGAUGCGAGACUCACCGCCGCAUUUGCUGAUGUUCCGUCAAGUUGGGAUGGCGAGUUCAUAGCUCACUACAUGGACAAAUGCUCUGUUGAAGGAGGCUUGCCCAGCUUCGAAUUACGCUAUACGGAUCAAGCGACGGGGUACAUAUGGGCAUCAUAUCGAUCCUGUCGGAUCAUGGUCAAUGAGAUUGUGCUCCAGUCGCUUGCUGAGAUCAAAGACACGUACUGGUUUGCAUGGCAGCAUUCGCAAACGAUCGUGCGGCAGUGCCAAACCGAGAUCUUGGCCGGUAUGCCACAAUACACUUCUCAGAAUGAGGGAGUUCCCUGGGCUGGCCUCCGACAACCAGCACGUUAUUUUGUCCCGGAAGCUGUGACUAGUGACCUACCGAUUAUGAGAGCAUUGUCUAGCUUUGGCGUCAUCUGGCCACUUUUCGUCGCUAGCACGUGUUCGACAACCACUCCUGAGAUCAGGAAUUACGUGGCGGGGGUGUAUCGAUACUUCGGAGAAGAGUUGCAGAUUGAGCAAGCCCUGGUGCUCGGUAAGAUGGUUCAGUCAUUAUCGACUGCCUCUCCAUCACCAAGUUCUGCCAGUGGCAGUGCUGUGAACGAAGACCCCAUAGGGCAGGAGCAUAACAGAUGAACUGGGCACGCCUGACGAAUUUGAGUGAUCGAAGCAGACAUGGAAGCCGACGUACUUCUCCACCUCGCCGUGUGUGAAGCAUUGUCACACUGGAGCAACGGCACCGAGAUACAUCUUGUUCACAACUCCCUGUGUCUGAGUGUCGACU